ACGGUUUCGAGAAAUGUUUUUACUGGUAGUGGGAGGACGCCAAAGCAUUUUGAAAAGACAGUUGAAGUUGCCAAUUACGUAAUCGAUGACUGAACGGAGUGACAGCUUGCAGCAGAAAAAAAAAGACGUCUGCAGAGAAAUGAUUGUGUUCAAAAUUUUUUAUUCACAAUAUUGAGAAAGGGUGGGAAUAACGGUAUGUGAAACAGUGUGUGACAUGAGCAUAAUGUAAUGAUUAAUUGAUUAAUGGUCUGUUUAGAAUCUCGUAAUACGUACGUGUAUCGUUGGACUCGUAAUUGUAAUACGAAAAACAUAAGUUGGAAUUAUUUGAAUGAUAAACAAUGCGUCUACGACAGUCAUAUUUUGAAUAACAAAGGGAGUAUAAUUAUAGCAGUUGAAUAGUCUGGCAUAUACCGAAUAAUAAACGACAAUUAUACCGUCUCAAAAUGAACAGAAAUCACGUCAACGUUGAUAAAAAAAUGUCCCAACUGCCAAGCUGGUUGUGGACAACCUCAAAUUUGCUGCCGCCGAUAUAUCGGCAAAUCUGGGAAGAUGUGAAGGAGAGUAAACCGGCCGUCUACGGAGGGUCGAGCGCAAUAAACGAAGUCUUGGUUGACACGAACAAGGUGUUUCCACUCCUGCUCACUAGUCAAUUACCGACCGAAGUUCUUGGAUAUAUCUGGAGUCUCGCCAAUCACAAGUAUGCCGGACAAUUGACUGAGCAAGAGCUGUACGUAGUUCUAGCCCUGGUGGCCAUUGCUCAGGCUUCAUAUACCUUCAAUAGUUUGGACGUCCUGCAUCUGACGCCGUCACCACCGAUACCAAAUUUAAAUAUGUCACUGUUGGGUGGAAAGCAAGCAGUUCCAGCAAAGCUUGAGGCAAAAUCUCAGUCUGAAAAUAUCUCAUUUGACACGAAUGAUGAAUUUUCAGACUUCCAAAGUGCUCCGGCUGUGAACAGCCAGUCGGUACCAAGCGUUCCUAUGAUCGACUCCAGGCAGGGAUCCGCAAUCGGAAGCCGGCUGGCCAACCAUAAUCUAGGGGUGAAGAAACCCAUUGAAAAACCAAGGAAAGUUAACAACGGCAAGCCGCACGCCGGCGGUAGUCAGGCCAGAAAUCCUGGCAGCAAAGAGCUACUGGGAAACGAUCCUAUAGCUGAACUUUUUCCAAAAUGUCCAAUAAAAACACAAUCCAAAGUCGUCAUACUCAAAGACACUGCCAUACGGAGCAAUGAUCUACCCAAGGAGAGCGGAGUCGGCCCUAAAGAAAAUGUGGUUCAGUUUGUGGAUAGAGGGACUUCGUCUCUGGAUAACAAUAGUUUUUUAAAUAUGCAAGGAAUUAGAGACAAAGUAACAACACCAAAGAAAGAGAUUGAGGAAGGUCGACUAGACCUAAUGAGCGUUCAGUCGACGGAGGACAAGUACAGCGCGCUGAGAGUAUUAGUUGAAGAACCACAGUCGACUACAAUUGCAACAACGCCAAGCAUUGACGUUUUGCCAACGGAUGAUUUUGGGGACUUUGUAUCCGCCGAGCAACCUGAAACGAAACACAAUCCUGUGCCCUCGCAAGAGCCAAUUGAUUUUUUCUCAAAUUUUGACUUCAAAGACUCUAAUGCGGAUUUUAGAACAGAAAAUAUGUUUGUUCAAGGAAUUUCUAACUCAUUUAGUAAUCUCAGAAUCGAGAAUGCUACUGAUCCUGCUGCAGUGAGCGAAAAAUUCGAUGGUAUAAGUGAAUCAGAUAAAGUAGUCCAAAAAGAAGAUAACAUCUCAGUAAAUAGCAUAGAACUGGGUAUUGGAUCAUUAGGCUGUUUACCCCGAUCUGGCUCUGUUCCCAGCCUUGAUUUAAAGUGUUUCUUAACAAACAGCCAAGACGAUGAUCAUCAGGUGGAAAGCAUGCAUCAGCUAAUAUAUUGGGAAUGGAAGCAGUACAUGGAAGGCUGCAUACUUCUGUUACAAGUCGCAGCAAACAUAUUUACCAGCAUUACCUCGGAAGAUGUUUUACACGAAGUUCUUGCUUCUGCCCAAGGCUACAAUUUUCUCUGUAAUUUAGCUGAAGUAGCAGCUGUUUGCAGAAGAGUAAAUUUCUCUCAUAAAGAACUAGAUAUUAAUAUGAUGGGAUUCGACGAUCUUCUAAUGGAUAUUGACCGGACUUGGGCCGAGAUGGAACCGUUUUAUUCCAAUAUCCCGAUCGUCACAGAAUUGCCAGUCUGGCCUUUACAUCAUGGUGAGAAUAUCACUUGUUCUCUAUGCUUAACAGUAGUAACAAGUGGUAGAGUUAUUUACAAUGAGAGCAGCUAUCACGUGACCUGUGCUAAUUUGUGGCUAAAUUGCAUAAGUAACAAUCUUCCUGCUUUAUCCUACCCUUUGUCUCAACUUUCUUCUACAUCGUUGAAUAAUAGACAAGUAUGA